AUGUUACCAUCGUCACCAUCGAUGCCACCUCGUGGCUUUCACCUAUCCAUGAUACCUGGGAUCGUACUUAUUCUCAGUAUGUUGCUUGUUGUGAUGGUAGUGGUUUAUUUAAGGAUAUGUGAAGGAAUGCGUCAUCAUGUUCGCCGGGGCACCAACGGAGACAUCAACCAUGAUAUCGAAAGAAGAUUUCUGAGCCAGCCAUUUCAGCAACAGCCAGACGAAACUUCAAGAUCGAUGACGAUCCGGUACGAGAAUGGUGAGCGGCGUUGCACCGAUUGCGCUAUUUGCUUGGAAGAGUUCAAAGAUGGGGAUUCUUGUAAGGCUCUUUCGAAGUGUAAACAUCUGUACCAUCGAUCAUGCAUAGAUCAAUGGUUGCUUCAGCAUAGAUCUUGUCCUCUUUGUCGUGGUUCAGGCCACGGUUUUAGGCCGGCACCAAAUUCAACCACCAAUUAG